CCACCCAUCAUUCAGCUCCAAUUCCUCCUCCUCCUCCUCCACCAAUCUCACCCAUUGAGUCCGCGUACCACCCGUCACCAUGGCGCAAAGAGAGCCCCAGUUCAACCAGCAAUCGCUGAUCGACACGACGCCGAUGCCCGAUCACAUCCCCAAGGUGGAGGAGAUCGGAGCCACAUCGGCGCCAUUGUACAGCGCGGCGUACUUUAUCGGUGAUCGGUGCAAGGCGUACAAUGAUGAUUUCAUGAAGUGCAAGCAGGAGUCGAAUGGACGGGGUGAGGUGGAGUGUCUGAAGGAGGGGAGAAAGGUGACGAGGUGUGCCGCGAGUGUGAUCAAAGACAUCAACACCCACUGCCUCAAGCAAUUCACCGCUCACUGGGAAUGUCUGGAGAACAACAACCACCAGCUGUGGGAGUGCCGUGGACCGGAGAUGAAGUUGAACAACUGUGUGUUUGAGAAGUUGGGCCUGAAGAAAGAAAUCCCCGGAACUCCCGAAAACGUCGUCCCCGUGCACUUGCGUCCUAAGCAGAUGUACUCUAAUCAUAUUGGAAAGCAAUGGUAAUCUUUCUCUCUUUUUCUCUCCUUCCUCUUUCUUCUUCUCUCUGGUGGAGAAGCGUGAGGGGAGGGCGGGGAAUUUCUUAUGGUCGUGUGUUGUAUUUUGGUGUUUUUCCUUGAUCAAUCGAUGAAUGUGUGUUUGUUUGUGUAUAUAUUAGCAUCGGUAGGUAGGAAUUUCAUGUUCCGGUAGGAUUUAUUCUUCUUUGG